GAGGUCUUAGGGCUGGUGGACAUGGUCGCCCUGGAGAACGGCGAGCUGGGGCCCCUUCUGUCUGCUGGCACACUGCGGGGUUUGGAGGAUGAAUGUGUCACAGAUGUGAAGGUUCAGACAAGGGCAGCCCUGCUCCGUGUGCUACAAGAGGAUGAGGAGCAAUGGGGGGCCAGCGAGGAUCAGCCCAGCAGCCUGGCCCAGGAUGUGUGUGAGCUGUUGGAAGAGCACACAGAGCGUGCACCCCGCAUCAGUCAGGAGUUCGGGGAGCGGAUGGCCCACUGCUGCCUUGCAGGGCUGGCAGAGUUCCUGCAGAGCUUCCAGCAGCGCGUGGAGCGAUUCCACGAGAACCCAGGAGUCCGCGAGCUGCCGCCUGACACUUACAUCAGUAGGACUAUCGCUCUGGUCAACUGUGGGCCUCCCCUUCGGGCUCUGGCUGAGCGGCUGGCCCGAGUGGGGCCCCCUGAAAGUGAACCAGCCCGGGAAGCAGCGGCCAGCGCUCUGGAUCGUGUGACCCGGCUCUGCCACCGAGUCCUGGCCGACUUGCUGUUCCAGGAACUGCAGCCCCACUUCAACAAGCUGAUGCGGCGAAAGUGGCUGAGCAGCACCGAGGCCCUGGACGGCAUCGUGGGCACGUUGGGCGCCCAGGCAUUGGCACUGCGCAGAAUGCAAGAUGAGCCCUAUCAGACGCUGGUGGCCGAGUUGCACCGGCGGGCGCUGGUCGAGUACGUGCGGCCCCUGCUCCGCGGACGUCUGCGCUGCCGCUCGGCUCGGACCCGCAGCCGUGUGGCCGGGAGGCUACGAGAGGACGCCGCGCAGCUGCAGAGACUGUUCCGGCGGCUGGAGUCACAGGCCUCUUGGCUCGAUGCCGUGGUGCCCCAUUUGGCCGAAGUCUUGCAGCUGGAAGACACGCCCAGCAUCCAGGUGGAGGUGGGGGUGUUGGUGAGAGACUACCCGGACAUCAGGCGGAAGCAUGUGGCUGCCCUCCUGGACAUCCGGGGCCUUCGAAAUGCCUCUGCUCGCCACGAGAUCCUGGCAGUGGCCAGGGACCUGGAGCUGUCGGACCCGGGUGCCUUGGCAACUUCUAGGGAUCGGGCCUUCUUUGCAGACAUCCCAGUACCCCGACCGCCUUUCUGCCUGGGCCUUCCAAUUCUCCUGGGCCGCCUCCCUGUCUCCCGGCUCACCAGGCCCGGGCUGACCUGUCUGCCCCUGCCUCGAAGAGCGGCUCCGCCCAGACCCCGAGCCCAGCUCUGA